UUCAUUUCAUUUCAUUUCUUUGAAUAUUUCUCCUCCCUCCUCUCUUUAAUAUCUUUUUCUUUCAAACAAUGCAGAAAAUUCAAAACCGUUCGUUUCAUUGAAAAAUUUCCCAAACCCUUCUUUCAAAUCCCUAAUUUUCAUCAACAAUGGGUGCGUACAGAGCCGAUGACGACUACGAUUAUCUCUUCAAGGUUGUUCUCAUCGGUGACUCCGGCGUCGGUAAAUCCAAUCUCUUGUCACGUUUCACAAAAAACGAAUUCAGUUUGGAAUCUAAAUCCACCAUUGGCGUUGAAUUCGCUACAAGGAGUAUUCAUGUUGAUGAUAAGAUUGUAAAGGCGCAAAUUUGGGAUACCGCUGGCCAAGAAAGAUAUCGUGCAAUCACAAGUGCAUAUUACCGAGGAGCUGUUGGUGCAUUGCUUGUGUAUGAUGUUACAAGACAUGUAACUUUUGAAAAUGUGGAGAGAUGGUUAAAGGAACUUCGUGACCACACAGAUGCCAACAUUGUAAUUAUGCUUGUAGGGAACAAAGCUGAUCUUCGUCACUUGCGUGCCGUGUCCACCGAUGAUGCUAAAGCAUUUGCUGAAAGAGAGAACACAUUUUUUAUGGAAACGUCUGCCCUUGAAUCAUUGAAUGUUGACAAUUCUUUCACAGAAGUGCUUACUCAAAUAUAUCGGGUCGUCAGUAGGAAGACUCUUGAGAUUGGAGAUGACCCUGCUGCUUUGCCGAAAGGGCAGACAAUCAAUGUUGGCAGUAGAGAUGAUGUCUCAGCUGUUAAAAAGGUUGGAUGCUGCUCUGCAUAGUUUGACAGAUAAUAGAAAAGAUCUUCACAACAAAUGGUAUAUCUAUCUGCAUGAUUCAACCAAUUCUCAACAUUUUGAGAUCCAUGUGAAAUUUUCUAAUACCUAAGCUUUUUCCUUUUUGUAUUUUUCCUCACAUGUUGUCUUUAUUAUUGUCACUUUUUUUACCAAGUACUGUUUGCUCAUAGGGAUUUAUCAUUUUACCUUUAGAUAUACAAAAUUACUGUUUGUAUUGAAUGAAAGGGAUAUCAUGCUCUUAGAUUGUCUAGUAGUUACAAUACUUGUCACGCUGCUUCUAAUUUUCCUUCCAUUGGAAAAAGAAAAGUUCUAUUGGUAGAGACCAAGUAUAAUUCAAUCCUGAA